CAGCACUUGGCUUCCACUGAUAGGUGCGCUUGACUUUAGACAGACUUGACCAGGACUUGACGCAGCAGCAGCAGCAAACAGCAUGUCUCGUUUCGUUGCCCGACUCUUCUUAGUUGUCUCUCAGCAAGCCACAGCGAGAUCCGCGAUGUUACUGAGGAGGGUCCCAGCAUUCAUCCGUCCUGUAUCCACAUGUCCAGGCCUGCAGUCUCUUACCCGUUAUGAUGAGACAACAGACUGGCAAAAGAAACUGACCCCAGAACAGUAUGUAGUCACCAGGGAGCGGGGGACUGAGGUGCCCUUUAGUGGGAUCUACCUUCACCAUUCAGAAGUGGGGAUGUACCACUGUGUCUGCUGUGACGCUCCACUGUUCAGUUCAGAGGCUAAGUAUGACUCUGGGACAGGCUGGCCAGCGUUCAAAGAGGCUCAUGGGACGUGGGAGCGGGAUGAAAGCCACGCCUCCAUCAUUCGUCGCCCUGACAACAGCCUUGGUAGUGCGGGGACAGAGGUCCUUUGUAAAAAUUGUGAUGCCCAUUUGGGUCAUGUGUUUGAUGACGGACCGGAUCCAACAGGCCAGCGGUUCUGUAUCAACAGUGUGGCCCUCACAUUUAAACCCAGAGAAAACAACAAACCUGACAAACCCGAGGAAAACUGAUGAAACACAUGGGCUUGCCUAAAUCAUCUCAUUGCAGAGCUUUCAUUCUGGGAUUUGGAGCUAUACAGGUCUGGAAGUGACAGGCUUGUGUGUGUGUGUGUGUGUGUCACAACAUGUUGGAAAUGAACUUCCUGUGGUUUAUUAAACUGAAAGAAACUGGACCGAGUCUCUUAUUCAGAAACGUUGGAUAAAUGCAGUGGAGAGAAGUCUAUAAAUCUGUGGAACAUACGUUACAUGAUUUACACAAACCCAAACUCUAACUGUACCAUCAGCUCCUUCAGUCACCCAUCAAAUCACUUACUGAAAAAUAUACUUCCCAACCAAGUUUGAUUGUUUCUCUUUUUAUUGUUUUCUAUAUUUUGUCGAGUAGGAAACUUAAUGAAUGUUAACUGAAUGAUCUGAUGAAUUGUCUCUAAGUGUAGUUUGGAUGGGUAACUUAUUUAGUAAGAUGUAUAGUACCUCAUAGGGUAUUACCCAUUGAUGAAAAUGGAUUAUCUUUAAACAUCAUUAUUGUGUUUGAUUGUCAGAAUACACUGGGCCUGAGAAUCAUGUUUUUCUGUACAGAUUGCAAAACACAGGAAGUCAUGACAUUGCUGCUUAGCCUGUUUUUCCAAUGCGUUCUCAUCUCAAUGUGUCAUAACUGACGCUUUCAGACAAUGUGACAAAGCGUAAGUAUUUUACGUUAAAGGUACCCUUCAGCAUCCGUAUGAAACGCCACCGUUUGUUACGUCCCAGCAACACAAAGGAGGCUAACCGGACAACAUGAAUAAAGUCACUGACUUAGGUAAAGGUGCUAACAUUUCUGAUGGUAGUGGUAAGGGUAGUGGGCUUCGGGGGGCUGUCAACACCUUUAACACGAACGUGGUUAGCACUAGCUAGCUAGUACUUCCGGUCUGUACGAGACGCUUCUAUGAGAUGCUGAAGGGUACCUUUGGCGUCAAAUAACUACGUCACUUUUUCUGAAAGCGUUGGUAUUGGACACCCUGAGAUGAGAAUGGUCUGGCUUUUCAGUGUGGUGCCACAUUUAUAGAUCAAAUUGACUUGUCUGUGUUAGGAAUCAUGAAAUUUUGACUGGUAAUUUGUCAAUAAAUUCACAUUUUGUUUUUUCUCUGAA